AUGUCUAUAGAAUAUUAUGAGCUUGAUCCUAGUCACUAUAUUUCUGCCUAUUCACUAUUCUGGAAUGUUCAACUUAAGAUGACAGGAUUUAAGAUUGAGCUAUUCACAGAAAUAGCCAUGCAUGAUUUCAUAAAAAAAGCAAAGCAAAGUGGUUUAUCUAUGGCCU